AGCUUAAUACAGAAUAACCCUCGUAUAACCAGGAUAAAACUCCCUCUUUGCCUACACGCCAGGUAGUUUUCGAAGGGGAGGCGAGUUCAAGGCGACAUUUAACCACCGGACGUACACAGUUUUUCGUCAGUUGUGCAUCUGCGAUUUUAGAUACGUAGCCGGUCCGUUCACUCACAGUAAAUAUGGGCAGAAGGAAAUCGAACCGUAAACCGCCGCCACGUAGGAAAAACAUCGAACCGCUGGACAUACUAUUCAACUGCCCCUUCUGCAAUCACGACAAAUCGUGCGAAGUUCAAAUGGAUAAAGGCCGAAACACGGCUCGGAUCUCGUGUAGAGUCUGUUUGGAAGAUUUUCAAACAACGAUCAAUAUGUUAUCGGAACCCCUGGAUGUUUAUAAUGAUUGGAUCGACGCUUGUGAAAGUGCUAACUGAGUUAUUUUUGUAAUUAGUGAGUGUCAAAUUUAUGCUUUUAUUUUUUAAUGACAAAAUUAAAUAAAUUAUAUUUUAAUGAA